AACAAAGUUGGAAAGAGAUGGAUGGAGUACCAAGGCCUAAACAAUUGGGAAGGUUUGCUUGACCCAUUGGACAACAAUUUACGUGCAGAAAUUCUUAGGUAUGGGAAUUUUGUGGAUGCUGUUUAUAAAUCCUUUGAGUUUGACCCUUCUUCUCCUUCAUAUGGCUCUUGCAAGUUCCCAAAUAACACACUUUUGGAUGAGUGUGGUUUGCCAAACACAGGCUACAAGGUAACCAAACACCUAACAGCGACCUCCAGCAUUCAGCAACCUCGUUGGAUGAACAAGGCACCAACAUGGGUCACAACCCAAUCGAGCUACAUUGGAUUUGUGGCAGUGUGUGACGACAAAGAAGAAAUCAAGAGACUAGGUCGAAGAGAUAUCGUUAUUGCUUAUAGAGGAACAACCACAUGCUUGGAAUGGCUUGAAAAUUUGCGUGCCACUCUCACCCACCUCCCAAUGCCAUGCAAAAGAUGGACAACCUUCCACAAAGACCAAACUCAAACUACAACCCCCAUGGUUCAAAGUGGAUUCUUGAAUCUCUACACCUCACCAUGUAAGUCUGAAAACUCAGAGAGUCUUCAGCACAUGGUGCGAAAAGAGAUUAGUCAGAUCCUUCAAGACUAUGCCGGUGAACCGUUGAGCCUAACGGUCACCGGCCAUAGUCUUGGAGCAGCGCUGGCUACUCUUACGGCAUAUGACAUCAAGGCUACCUUUAUUAGUCGGUUGUCGAUGACAACGACCGUCGUGUCAUUCGGCGGUCCUCGUGUCGGCAACCGACGUUUUAGGCAGCAGUUGGAGAAGCAAGGGACGAAAGUUUUACGUAUAGUGAACUCAGAUGAUGUUGUAACAAAGGUGCCGGGGCUUGUGUUGCAUGUGGGUGAAGGCCACGAGAUGAGAGAGCAGAGUGGACACGUGGCAGAAGUACAAAGGUGGAUCAACAAGAUGGAGAAAAUAGAGUGGCUGUACGCUGAAGUUGGGAAGGAGCUUCGCCUUUGUAGCAAGGACUCGCCGUACCUGAACAGAGUCGAUUUUGCCACGUGUCAUCAGUUGACAACUUAUCUCCACCUUGUCGAUGGUUUCGUCAGCUCCAAAUGUCCUUUCAGAGCCACUGCGAAGAGGUUCCUCCCAUAGUGAUUUUUAUGGUGCACGCUCGAUCAUGUAUAUAUAAUAUAGAUUUUUUUAAUUUAUUUUUUAUUUUUACAAAAUUAUA